ACAAGCGAAGCGACGUCGAUCAACCAUGAAUCGUUUGGCAUUGUGUGCAACUCUCCUUGUUCUCGGCAUGGCUUCGAUGAACGAGGCCAUCCUCUGCCACGAGCCGCAGCCACAAGUAGGCGACUGGGUGCUUAACGAAUACGACGGCAAGGAGUGCGUGUCGCUGGUAAAAGAGCUGUGCCCCGGCAUGCACGACUACGACACGUCGUUUUGGCGCCGCGGCGAGAAGGUCAAGAGCAAUUGUCGCACCAUCCCAAGGUUGACCCCCAUUGCUACCUUUCUGGCAAGUGACAACACGUACGAAGGCCAUGCAGCCAUCUUCGAUACCUGCGACAGCGACGGCCUCUGGGUGUAUGACCAGUGGAACGAGACCGGUAAAUAUUUGAAGAGGCGCAAGGUUCCCUACGGAUACCGCGUCCCUUCAUACAAUGGCGACAACUUCUACGUAAUUGAGCUGCAACGUUGAACGAGCUCCAAUUUCGCCUCCUUACAGCCGGAAGCAGUGGUGCUUGAGCGUCGCUUCAUAUUUGAAUGAAUAAAAUCC